CUCAUGCACUCUUUGCAAUAUUCUAUUCACUAACAUGUCCAUAUAGUUAUCACAUCAUAUCGUAUGUUUUAUAUAUAAAUAUAUAAACUCACUCUCUCCCUGUUUCCUCCAUAUGUCCUUCUCUUAGAUUGGCUCUUAGAAAGUGUAGAGUACACAAAAGGCUAUGUAGAUAGAGAUGAAGGAGAGGUGCAGGGGUGGGGGAUUUUAUUAAAAAAGAGGAGAAUUUGAGAAUCAAUACGUGUUAUCAUGGUGGGGAUUAAGGUGCUAAUUGUUGCUGGGCUUUUGGCCCUGCUGGUGAUGUUGGUUGCUGCAGCAGCAGAUCAUGCUGCUGCUGCUGCUGCUGCUGCUUCGGCUAUCGGCGACAGCGCUCAGCGGCGGCGUAAUAUCGCGGCGCGGCGGAUGGAGAGCCUCGCCGCCUCCUUCGCCGCAGCGAAACCGCCUUCGUCGAGCCAAACAGGGAAUUUGGAAGCUUCCGGGUCACGUGUGUACCACGUGACCGAAUACGGCGCCGACCCGACGGGCGUCGCCGACUCCACCUCCGCGAUCGCGAGGGCCAUCGCCGACGCGUUCCGACCCCCGACGAGCAGAACGCUGCUGAGCGGAAUCCCCGAUCUGGGCGGCGCCGAGGUCGACCUCGACGGCGGCGUCUACGUCCUCACGUCCCCGCUUAGUUUACCGGCCUCCGGAGGCGGCAAUUUUAAGAUUCAUAGCGGCUCGCUACGGGCUUCAGAUAACUUCCCGACCGACCGUUACCUGAUCGAGCUCUGGGCGUCCGGAUCUUCGUCGAGCUCCCUUUACGAGUUCAUCACCCUGAGCGGCCUCAUGCUAGACUCCAAUUUCCGAGGUGGUGGAGUCGCGGUCGUCAACGCGAUCCGCACGACGAUCGAUAACUGCUACAUCACCCAUUUCACCACCGACGGCAUCUGGGUUCAGAACGGGCACGAGACCUUCAUCAGAAACAGCUUCCUAGGGCAACACAUCACCGUCGGCAACGACCCGGGCGAGAAAAACUUCACCGGCACGGGGAUCAAGUUGAUGGGCAACGACAAUGCGGUGACCGACGUGGUCGUGUUCUCGGCGGCCACCGGAAUCCUAGUAAGUGGCGAGGCCAACACCCUUACUGGGGUGCAUUGUUACAAUAAGGCAACCGGAUGGGGCGGGACCGGGAUCUAUUUGAAAACGCCUGGUCUGAGCCAAACCCGAAUCACAAACUGCUAUUUGGAUUAUACCGGGAUCGUGUCGGAGGACCCGGUCUUGGUCCAUAUAUCGAGCUCAUUCUUUCUAGGCGACGCCAACGUCGUGCUCAAGUCGAUCAACGGUGUGGUGAAGGGCGUCAACAUCGUCGACAACAUGUUCAGCGGCACCGGAGCGGGUGUCGACAUUGUAAGAUUGGACGGUGGGUUCACCACCGUCGAGCAGGUGAUUGUGGACCGGAACGUGGCGGACGGAAUGACGGUGCGGUCGACGGUGGCAAAGGCGUCGGUGGCCGGGAAUGCGAGCACGUGGACCGCCGAUUUCUCGCCGGUGCUGCUGUUUCCCGACCGGAUCGGGCACGUGCAGUACUCGUUGCUCGCCGACUCGGCGUUCCCGUACCACGCGCUGCGGAACACGUCCGGCAACCAGGUCGUCGUCGAGUCCAAUGUCGUAGUGCCGGCGACUGUCCACGUGGCGGUCGACCAGAGUGGGGGUUAAUUUUUUUUUUUUUUAUUUUUUAAACGGAUUCGACUUUUUUAUAUUAUUGUUAUGUCGACAAAAUACAAAAGAGAAUAAAUCAUUAUAAGAAAUUGAAUUCAAUUGAAUCGAGCAA